UGGCGAAUGUGAAAAAUAGGACGAUAGUAGGAAGCGCGUACUCUCUGAUAAAGUCUGUUGCCGUUGGUAACUGAAUUGCAUCAUCAUCGGAGUGAGCCUGUGUUGGAGGGGAUCGCCCCUAUUCAGUAGCCUGAAGUCUCACAACCUUUACAGAUGUCAACCAAGUCGCUUUGGGUCUUCGGCUACGGUUCCCUUCUUUGGGCGCCGGGCUUCGCCUUCACCGACCUCCUCCCUGGCAAAGUACGAGGCUAUUCGAGGAAGUUCUGGCAGGGCAACACGACCCACAGGGGCACUCCUGAACAGCCUGGAAGAGUCGCCACUUUGGUCGAAGACGAGAACGCGGAAGUAUGGGGUGUAGCGUAUGAAGUGAAGGAUUCAGAUGCGAUUCCAUAUUUGAACGAGAGGGAAGUGAAGUUAGGCGGGUACAGAACGGCUUUCAGCUGGUUCCACCCCGAAGAAGGAGAGCCGUUCCUCGUCCUUCUUUACAUGGCCACACCAGAUAGUUCGAAUUGGCUAGGCAGUGCGUCCGAUUACGAAAUCGCCCAAGACAUCCUCCACUCCUCCGGGCCGAGUGGUCACAACGUCGAAUACCUACUUAGACUGGCGGAGUUCGUCCGCAACCAGGCGCCCGACGUCGAAGACCCUCAUCUCUUCGGCUUAGAGUCAAUCGUCCGGAUGGAAAUACGAGAACGCGGCCUCCCCCUCGAGACUUUAAUGGGGCCUGCCAAGCCCCUGCCGAGUCCAGUCGCCCCAGAAGACCUGGAGAACGACGCCUUUCCACCCAUCAAAUUCGUCUCGACGAUCAAGAUGAAAAAGCUGCGCUGCCUCUCAAUCUGAACUGCUACGAAACGUAUUCACAACUAGUCACUAAACAAAAUCCUGAUGCACUAUGUAAAUUUUAUUUAUAUAAUUUUUUAUUAAUGUACAUUCCUCAUAAUUAAACCAUUAUUGUUUUGACA